GUCGUCCAAAAGUCUGAUAAUCCAAUUAAGUCACAACUGUCUUUCGUUUAUAAAAGAACGUCAAACAAAUAUUAAAACAUUCAAUAAUUCCCGAAUAUUAAAGAAAGUUUAAAAGAAAGUUUUAGAAUACAAAGAUGUACAAUACAACAAUUAACAAGAUUCCACAAAAGAAGAUGAACAAAAUGGUAUACGACCGAGUCCCAGUUAUCAGUACUCCCAGAAAGAACAACAUGAACGUGGAUAGAAGUGGUAUGGUGGCUCUUUUUAUGGACGACUGUUCUACCACUUCUGGUAGCUGUGUGCAAAGCCGUAUUCUGAGGCCAUCUGAUACCUACUCAACAGUAUCUUCGGAACAAAGUCUUCCGUUCCAUCUGAUGUCUGACAGCUCAUCAUGUACCAGUUGUUCACAGAACCAGUGGAACCUACCUCCUUACACUGUCAUAGACCCAUACAGACACUACGCAAACGUACCAGUCUAUAAAUCUACGACUGUUACACUGAAGACAGUAAAGAGGACAUCAAGGAAGAGUGUAUGGCUUGGUCUUAUAUUCGGUUUCUCUAUAUUCCUCCUGGUCGUGCUUGGAGCUGUCAUCUCAUAUGGUUUAGAAAAUGGCAUGCUGUGAAUAACAAAUUCGCUUCAAAUAAAAGAUUUAAAGUGAAUGAAUUGAGUUCUACAAACGAGCAGAUGUACAAGGAUAGAUCAAGGCUUCGGAGCAUCAAUAUCAUGAACAACGUUAAAUCCAGUCAUGCCCAGUGUUUGCCCAGUAACGGAGUGCACAACGUUCGACUGCACAUCGGAAUGCUCUCGGAAGAAACGGGGUUGUAAAUUGGAACUUUUUACAAUUAGUUAACACAUAAUUCAAAUUGUUAAACCAUGACUUAAGUUAUUACUGA